CCCGACUGGAAGGGCGGUCCCGAACGCUUGGGCUGCGUGACGUCACUAGCCGCUGUCAGAGUGGCAGGAGACCCGCCCAGACAGCAGCGACAGCCUGGCUUCCUUCGAGUGUGGGCGGCAGCGGAGCCCGGGUUGCGGUGGAUGUAGGGGCGGGAGAUUGGACGGCGGUCAGGACGUAUGUUACGUGACAGGACCGUUCCAUAAUCAAACCUUAUCGCUUGCUUGCGGAGUGGACGCGCUCGCUUUCCCUUCUUCCCUCUCCGGAGCCAUCGGUGGCGGCCCCUCGCUGUUAACCGCGGCCCCUGCCACGGAGGGCGGCCAUGGACGAGCAGGCGGGGCCCGGCGUAUUUUUCAAUAACAAUAACAAUUCGCUGCUGUCCGCUGGUGCUGGCCCAGGUGGUGCCGGGAAAGGGUUCGAGGCUGGUGCAGCAGAUGCGGCCUCAGUGGCCGGGGGAGGCGGAGGAGGAAGCGCUGGUACGGCUGGUAGGGCCCAGUACAGUAUCCCUGGCAUCCUGCACUUCCUUCAGCAUGAGUGGGCUCGCUUUGAGGUGGAGAGAGCUCAGUGGGAAGUGGAAAGAGCCGAGAUGCAGGCUCAGAUAGCCUUCCUGCAAGGUGAAAGGAAAGGACAAGAAAACUUGAAGAAAGAUCUAGUGAGAAGAAUAAAGAUGUUGGAAUAUGCUCUGAAGCAGGAAAGGGCCAAAUACCACAAGUUAAAAUAUGGAACAGAAUUGAAUCAGGGAGAUAUGAAACCCCCAAAUUAUGAUUCUGAUGAAGCAAAUGAAAAUGAGAUACAGCCACCUCAACAGAAUAGCCAGUUUAUAUGGAAACAAAGUCGACAAUUGCUAAGACAAUAUCUUCAAGAAGUUGGUUACACAGACACCAUUCUUGAUGUGAAGUCAAAACGUGUGCGUUCUUUGCUAGGCCUUUCUGCUGAUUCUUCAGACAGAUUAACAGAUACAAAUCAGGACUCCAUGGUUAAUGGAACUGAAACUGAACUUCCUAAUCCACUGGUUCUUGGAAAGCCUGAUAUGACAGAUUCUGCCUCUGUGCUUGAGACAUUUAAGUUUUUAGAGAAUGCUGCUGCAGAGUUCAGUGAUGAAGAAGAUGAAGAGGAAAAUGAAUCAAGGGAUAAAACGAUCAUAGAUUCUGCAACGAUUGUACGAAGAAGAAUCAUUCCUGAAUCUAAUGAUGACACAGAGGAGGCACUGAAAGAGUUUGACUUUCUGGGAUCAGAUGAUGGUGAAGGAGGAGAAUCCCGAAGUGCUGGAGAUGGAACUGAAUGGGAAAAGGAAGACCAGUGUCCCAUAACGGAAUCCUGGAAUGUGGAUCAGGGAGUUAUAACCAAACUCAAGGAGCAAUACAAAAAGGAGCGCAAGGGGAAAAAAGGGGUGAAGAGGAAAACCUCAGAAGAAAUGUCUCAGCCUUUGUACCAUAUAAAACAAUCAAAACAGGGAUGUGGGAGCAUGUUGGAGCAAAGUACAGGGCCAAACAGAUCAAAGUUACAAGAUAUGCUGGCUAACCUUAGAGAGGUGGACGAGCUGCCAUCACUGCAACCAUCAGUCGUGUCGUCCUCAAGGCCUACAAGUUCAAGGAUAAGUGAACAAGAAAUAAACCGCACUGAUGAAGUGGAAGCAUUAACUUUUCCACCCUCAUCUGGAAAAUCUUUUAUCAUGGGAGCAGAUGAAGCUUUAGAAAAUGAGCUUGGACUUGGAGAGUUGGCUGGACUUACAGUUGCCAAUGAAGCAGAUUCUUUGACAUAUGAUAUUGCCAACAAUAAGGAUGCGUUAAGGAAAACAUGGAACCCUAAAUUCACAUUGAGAAGUCACUUUGAUGGCAUACGUGGCCUCGCCUUCCACCCUUCAGAGCCAGUGCUUAUUACAGCAUCAGAAGACCACACUUUAAAAAUGUGGAAUCUCCAAAAGACUGCUCCAGCAAAAAAGAGUACAUCCCUUGAUAUAGAACCAAUUUACACAUUCAGGGCGCACAGGGGCCCAGUACUUUGUGUAGUAAUGAGCAGUAAUGGGGAGCAGUGUUACAGUGGAGGAACAGAUGGUGUUAUCCAGAGCUGGAAUACUCCUAACUCCAACGUGGAUCCAUAUGAUUCUUAUGACCCUACUGUUCUGAGAGGAGCAUACGAGGGCCACUCUGAUUCUAUUUGGGGAUUAGUUUAUAGUGCAGUACAUCAACGUUUAUUGUCAGCCUCUGCAGAUGGAACAAUACGAAUCUGGAAUGCUGCUGAAGUCUCUCCUGCAUUAAGCACAUUCAAUGAAAACCAAGAACUAGGAAUUCCUUCUUCUGUGGACCUUGUAAGCUGUGAUCCAGCCCACUUGGUAGCUUCCUUUAACAGUGGACACACAAGCAUCUUUAACAUGGAGACACAUCAGAAAGUUUUAACAUUAGAAUCAUGCAUAGACACAGCUGUUAAUUCGACUUUCCAGAUAAACAGAGUAAUCAGUCAUCCAACUCUUCCAAUAAGCAUUACUGCUCAUGAAGACCGUCAUAUAAAGUUUUAUGAUAACAACACAGGAAAACUGAUUCAUUCAAUGGUAGCUCAUUUAGAUGCUGUCACAAGUCUUGCAGUUGAUCCAAAUGGAUUAUACCUGAUGUCUGGAAGUCACGACUGUUCGAUACGUUUAUGGAACUUGGAAAGCAAGACCUGCAUACAGGAAUUUACAGCUCACCGCAAGAAGUCAGACGAAUCUAUUCAUGAUGUAGCAUUCCACCCUUCCAAAUGCUACAUUGCCAGUGCAGGAGCUGAUGCUCUAGCCAAAGUUUUUGUAUGACACCAUGUUCCACUGUAGCUUCUCCUUUAUUCGUCCAGCCACAUCAAACAGAGACCUAUUACUAAUGCCCGACGAAAUGACUUAUCUGGCCUUUUUCCCUUCCUCCUUGUGUUCGAUAAUCAGGAUAAGACGCAAAAACUGUAUUGCGGGUUUUAGUUUUUCUGGGUUCUGUUUUGUACACUUAUGGUUUGUUCUGGGUGCUGUGAACUCAGCUGGUGCUUGGAGCCAUUGUUCUGUUUUUUCAGAUGCCCUCUGAGCAGUAGCAGCAAAUUCUUUUUAGGAGUGCAUAUUUGACCAGGCAGGCCUGGAUCAAACUAGGUUCCACCAUAAUCUUGGGGUGUGGCUAGUGGGACAAAAGAAAUGGCCAGUAUAGUGGCAAAUUAUCAUAGUAUAUUCAACAGGAAUGUGUUGAUUCUUUUAUCUUUCUGUAAUAGCUCUAACAAGCCUGUUAGUGAAUAAAUUAGGUGUACACUUUUUCAGACUAAUCAUACGAUUAUAUUUAUUUCUCGUUUGAGGCAUUGACUGAGAAAGUAUUUCCCGUCUCAUCUAUUGGCUAUUUAGCAAAAAGCAAAUUUCUCUUAAUUCUCUUUGUUUGAACACAAACCCAAGCCAUGUGUUAGCUUUUUAAUUUUAAUAUUUAUUAAGAACAUUAAUAAGCUUCAUCAAAUCUGUUGACUGAACUUCUCCUUCAUCAUUUCCAGCUGUGUGCUUUUUCAGUAAGAAUAAAUAAAAUGUCUGCUACCUGUUCCUUAAGUAGGAUUCAUAGAAGAGAAACUCCGUUUUUCAUUUGCGUUAAGCUUAUUUGUAAUGCCGAACAGCAAUGUUAAAAGUAAUGACAAAAUCACUUGGCUGAUUCUACAGUAAAACUACAAUAUGUUCAAAUCUCCCUCUGCUGUUUUACAAGCAUUAUCAUGUCACUUUUUACUAGUAUUACUGGAAUAAAGCUAACUAUUACAACAGGAUUUCUUAAACAGGCGGUAUACCAAGCACGUUUGCAGCAAUGAAUAGGACUUUUGAUGAGCAUGCCAUUUGCCUGUUGCUUUAAUAAAAAAAUUGUCUAUGGUUUUUAUGUCAAUACGCUUGCCAAAGAAACUGAAAGUAAGUUCCUGGUCCUUAUAAGAUAAAUAGACCACUCAGCUGCAGCCUUUGUUAGGUAUUGAAAUAAUAAGCUUCUUUUAAUUACUUAAUAAGAACCUGGAGGUUAGAAUGUGACCUACUUUCAGUUUCAGUCUUUGCCCUGUUUAGUGCAAACAAUUACAGUUACCAUAAAUAUUAAUUAAAGAGGUGUUUAACAUUUAAGGCAACUUUUAGUAUGUAACAGAAUGGUCAGUUUGAAGCAACAUUUAAAUUAGUCUUCAUUAUUUAUUAUUUUUUAUAAUUUUUGCCACCUUCUUCUUCCUCUUUCCAACUUUCGAAGGGGGCUUACUGACCCUAGCAGCCAAAAACUAUUGCUUUGUGUCGCUACAAUUUUAUUGUUAUUGUUAAUUAUUACUUAUUUUUCUAUUCAAUUCCUCUCCUAUUCAUAUACCAGUCUCUCAUUCAAACUACUUCCUGGUUGCUAACAACUAGAUAACUGCUACAAUUACAAACUGGAGAGUUACUGAACAAAAAUUAAAAAAAACACAAAUAAUAAAAAAUAAAGACUCACUGUAAAUUGCCUUAGAAUUGCCCUUUAAAUAAAACAAAUAGGCAAAAGUAAUGUUUAUCACAAGCCUUAGUCAUGUAGUCAUAUACCACCUUGUUAAGCUUUUUUCACAGGAGCCUAGGUUAUGUCUGGGAAUAUGCUUUGACACCCAAUAAUUGGUUUAAAAUGAAUUAUGCAUUCCUUUAAUUUACUGCUGACUGUCCUACAAAAAAAAUAAUGACUGUGAACAACAUAGGGUCCCAUGUCUAGUCACAACCAAUAGGUUAAGAAUCCCAGCAUUAGUAAUCUGCAUAUUUCCGUAGUUAUUGCCACUGAAUGACAAACUAACCGAUGUGGGAUGUGUAGCUUUACUAAGCCAAGCAAUAUAAGAAUGUUUUUUUUUGGUAACAAUUCUAACAACUUUGUUUCUUUGGUUUUUUUGUUUGUUUUUUUUAAUCUCUGAGGUCCAAUAAAUUAAUACUAAUCUAUUAGCAAGGUAAUUGGAUGGUGUUAAAAGGGACAGUUAUACUGAAAUGGCUUUGUAUGAUGGAGAUAAUGGUAUUUUAAGGCACUUUGCAGUUUCAUUACUUUUGGUUCUUGUUCAAAAAACACAUUGUUAAAAAAUUAUUAAUAACCUGAAUCUUUACAGGUCUCAAAGUCCCCACUUAGCCUAACAGCAAUGCAGAAGUCAUAGAAAUAUACCAGAGAGGACUUUUAUUUAGAGACAUAAAUACAAAAGAAGAUAAAAACAUUGCCCCACUAUUAUAAUUCACACUAGUGAGAGGUAGGGUAGCGCAUACUUCAAACUGCAAAUGAAGACCAUUUGCCAUUAUCUUGGAAUAUCGACAUCAUACCAAAUGUUCAUUAUAGGUAAACUUCCCCUUUAAGUACAUAAUCGAUUUCUUGACCAUUUUAUUUAGUUUUCAGUUAAAUAUCUUGCCAUAUUAGUUACUGUGGAAUGGUUAAAUGCACUCAGUACCGGUGCCUCUUAAUGUUAUCGUGAUAAAAAUUGAUAACCACCUGCCUCUACUACCUUCCAUCUUUUCUUGUCCUAAUGGAUCCAGUGGUGUUUUAAACUAUAGGAUAAAUAUAUAUAUAUCUAUACACUUGCCAUUAUAUUGGCUAACACACUGAUCUUUGUUGCACAGGCAUGCUCAGAGCUGUUUGGAAAAGUAUUGACUGCUCACAUAUAGUCUGAUCAUUGUGCUAAAGUGUACUAAUCUGCUAAAAAUAGCUAAAAGAAAAUUGGAGAGAAAUGUCACUAAAUGAACAUAAGACGAUGAUUAGAUUUUAUAAUGUUAUCACUUGUUAACAGGACAUAAGUACAGUAUGUGGCUCUUUACUUAGACUUUGAAAUUGUGGAUUAUUUGUGUAUUUGACCUUUUUGUUCUUUAUUUUUUUCAUUCUUUCUUUCUAGACUAAGUAAUUGAAAAAAAAAGAUUUAUUUGGAAAUUCUAAGCGCUAUGUAUAUUAUAUAUAAAUAUAUAUAUAUAUUGUAAACAUAUAUUAAAUGUGUCUAGUAUGGGAUGACUCCAGGGGUGCAUUUUAAUCUUUUUGUAUUGAGUUCUGAGUAUUGAGUGAGUGUACACAAAAGAUUCUGGUUUGGGUAUGAUAUUGAGUAUUUUGCUGUUACAUACUAUAUGCAGUUACAGCUGUUUCAAUUGAUGUACAUACAUCUUAAGUUGGCAUGCUUGUUUUAAUGACUGUAAUAUUUAGUUAAUUAAAACCUGAAUGUAAGUAAAACUGGCUAUUUAAACUCUAACAGAAAAAAAUAAUGUUCCUCAUGUAAAUCUAUUGUAGUUGAAUCAGGUGAAUGCUGGAUAAGGAUGAAAGGUGCCUUUAUUUUUAGAAAAACAAAAAAGCUAGAAAAAAAAUCCAUAUGGGGGGGGGGGGGAAACACUUAUGCUGUAAGUUGCUAGUUUAUGUUUGUCUUUUCUCACUAUGCCCUUGGUAUGGGAAACUUUAAAGUGCUCAGUGCCAGGGCUUGACAAAACAACCUCUUGCCAAAACUACUUAAAUAUUUUUUUCUUUAAUAGAGAAAUAUGUUUCAUUCAUUUUUUCAAAAUAUCCUAUUAAAAAUUUAAACCAAUAUAACUUUCCUUUAUUAUUGUGAUAUUAUAAAAAUACCCUGUAAUAUUUGUCUAUUGCAAACAUUAUUUCUGGUCAUAUGGGACUUAUUUA